GUACACAACGUCAUACGUCAUAGACUACUUCCUUAGCGACCACAGACUCCUUGGCAACCCCCUCAGAAAACGGGCAGAAAGAUGGCGGAGGCAAGCGGCGCCAAGAAUUCAAUUUCUGAACAACAGUGUGGAGAUUCUCUCAAAAGUUUGAAGGAGGUAGUGUUUCCGGUGCUGCAGCCUGGACUGGAGGCUCUGCUGAGGGAAGCGCGGCGACGCGGCUGCUUUGAGGAGAAAACUACUACAACACCUACAACUACAACUACUGCUAACUUUAACCCCUGCAUCUUCCUCGCCGAGUGGCUCUACAACCACAACCCCUGCAGGCAGGAGCAGCCCCCCGUGGCCUUCGAAGACAUCCCGUUUGUCAAGGACUGGCUCAAGACGCACCCCAUCCCGCUGAGCAAGGAUCAGGCUGCUCUGCACAUCCAGGCCUUCUGGAGGGGAUGCAAGAUCAGGGCACGGCCAGAUGUGCAGGAGCUGCGCCGCUGGCAGCAAGAGCAGAGGGAAAAGCAGGACAUUCGCAGAACUGUCCAACGGUUCUGGGUGCAACAAGUGCGCCGAGUGGGUUGCCGUAUGACGGAUCUUCCAGAAAGCCCCCAGCCAGGAAACUGCGACGUGUCCAUCCAGGUGGUGUCCCCCAGCCCCCACAGCACCGUGGUCCACAGCCCCACCAGCCAGGUGAGCCCGGAGGCCGGUGAGUGGCUCAGCCCCACCGACACCGUCCUGGAUGGAAAUCCCUGAGCGCUGCGCCUCCAUCUUUACCUGACCGGUAGCGUCAGCUCCAAUCAUUAGCUCUGGCUGCCCGGCUCAUGUGGUGUUUAGAGGCUGUUAAAGUCUGUUAGGCUGAUGUUAAACUGACCAAAGUGAUCAGUCAAACAAGCCAUUUAAAUCAGUUGGACAUGGCCCGGAGAGGAUUUAUGGCCUGAGAUCAGUUUCUAAUCAGUUCAUUGCUUUCAUUGCCUUUUUGAUGGAUCAGUUCCCUUCAUGAAACUCACCCGACAAAUGAAAACCAUAUCGCACGGGUCACAUAUUUUACUGUGGCGAGUGAAACCUCUUGUAGCCAGACUUCAUAUUUCCUCUCGGUUGAUACCUCGCUGGAAUAAACCCGUAUUUCCUUGGUC